AUGUUGCCUUGGGGAAUUGCACGGCGAACAAAGGGACAAUUAUUCUGUACGAGCUUUGGUGCUGCUGCGGGAUCAUGCCAGGAAGGAACGGAACGCAAGCACGAGAGACUCGCAUCCGGUUGGUUGACCGGGGAGGAGCGUUUCUUUAUGUCGUAUCCAUUCCAUAUGGCGUUGAUUGCACAGUCAGGUGGGGGUGGCGUGAGGACGGCAAGGAUGAACAGGGGGUUAGAAGCGAGCAUCAGCAAUAAAUGGCAGGGAGGUCUCGGCAACUGUGGGGGAGAGGAAGAUGAUGGCGCGAAUCUCGCGUUCAUGAGGAUUUGGUUUCGUUCAAACGUACUUCAGUUCGAAUCGGAGGAUAUCGUCCUAGCAAGGCCUCCACCGGUAGCAGUGCCAGCACUGAACCCUGGACCUCCUGCAGCAGAGGAAGAGAGCCCUGCAACCAUUAUGCACCCUGAGCUGCCCAUCGGUGUUGGUCUCCUCGAUGAUAGUGGUGAUGUCCCAUUGAGCGUAAAUUUUCGGACAUCGACAACAUGCUAUCUAGAACUAGCUAUAGUCUCGCCACAAAGCGAGCAGAAAGGAGAGGUCAUAAAUUUGAGAGAAAGUAAGGUCAAGCCAAACACGAAAGGGGCACACUUCAAGGAUCCGUAUGAAGACAAGUCGUUCAAUGGGCGUAGACGGAACUUUAGCGUCAACGACCACUCCAGGCAUCACACAACGCGACGAAACCAUCAUUAUAGAGGCUACAAACCAAAGGAGGUAACCGUACAAAUAAUAGUAUCGCCUGGAAGCGACAGGAGUCCAUGCAUGAUGAGCUGCAGCGUCACCUCCUGGAUGUUGGCGGUAGUACAUGUGCUGCCUUCUAUGACUUACGGUCGCCGGAACAAUGAGCCCAACUAUGAAGCCCUGUCUUCUUCAUCACACAACGAGCACUCUAUUCUCUCAGCUCUCAGUAUUGGCCUGUCACCGCCUUUGCCUAUCUCAGUGUCCAAGUGA